AGCCAUUCUGGCUCAGGCCGCGGCUCCAGAGGAGGCGGGAGGGCCGCGAAGGGGGGGGGGGCGUGCAGGAGCGGCCCUGUGGGCCGGGUCAUGCUGCAGCGCGCCUUCGACGAGCUCUGCAAGUGGCUGCCCUGGUCGCCCACGCUGCGGGUGGUGCUGCUCGGCCGGGAGUACGACGCCGCAGAGGACGCGCAGCGCCAGGCCCUCCUGGACGACUUCUGCUCGAGGGUCUGGCUCACGUACCGCUCGGGGCUCUCCGCGCCGAUCCGGCUGGUCGGCGGCCAGGAGUCGGCUGCUCCUUCUGCUGUGCAUGCUGCGCGUGAUGCAGAUGAUGCUGGCGCAGUGCUUCGUCGAGUCCGAGCUGGGCAGGGACUGGCGCUUCGAUGAGGCCAGGGACCUGGCGGACGGCGCGGCUUACUUGGAGAUCGCCUCGUGCUUCUUGGACACGCCCUCCGCCCCGUUCUCCCUGAACAACCUGGUCGGCACGGGCCAGAGGAUGUUCGGCAAGGAGCCCUCCGCGUGGUUUGGGCCCACGUCCUCGGCCAGGGCCGCCGGGCACCUCUUCGAGGCCGCGACCGCGCAGGCCGGCGAGGAGGGCGCCGCCCUGCGCGCCCCCGCCUUCCUGCGCGGCCUGGCCUGCGCCGUGUUCGAGGACGGCCCCAUCUUCCGGCAGACCGUGCUGGAGCUCUUCGAGGGCGGCGCCCGGAAGGUCGUGCUGCUGGUGUGCCGGCGGCUCGGCCUGGAGGCCUUCAACGCGCCCGAGUACCGCGCCGGCGUCGAGAGCUGCUUCGGCCUGCCGGAGUUCCAGGGCCUCGCGAGCGGGAGCUCGGCGGGCCGGAGAAGGAACAGCGCCUCGUCGGCGCACUUCUUCGUGGCGACGCACGGGGACUGCCUGCUGUUCCUCGACCCGCACAGGACGCAGCCCGCGCUCCACUCGGUGGACGACGUGCGCCGCUCCGCCGCGGCCGGGCCGGGCCUGCGGCCGGAGAGGCCGAUGCCCCUGAGGUGGUCGCGGCUGAACCCGUCGGUCUGCCUGGGCUUCCUGGUGGAGUCGAGGGAGGGCUUCCUGGACCUGUGCGGGCGGCUGGUCGAGGGCCCGCGGGGGGACAUCUUCGAGGUGCUGGAGCGGCGGCCCGCGUACGCAUCCCGCACGGAGGAGGCCCUGGAGGACGACAUGGUGCUGCUGGACUGAGCUCAGUAUCGUUUUUAACCGAUCCCCAUCCCCAUCCCCAUCCCCUUCGCCACGCCGCUGGGGAUGGGGAUCGGUUAAACGAUACUCAUGAGCGGCGCCGGUUCCUCCUUCUCCCCCCCCCCUGUUCUCCUCCUGCCUCUGGCUGCCUCGAUACGCCCGUUCUGAUGCGUAGCACGUGCCGCGCUCAAAGCGUGCGGGUCAAUACGUGGCGUGUUGGCUCAACGUACUGGCCCGCGUUUUGGCGGGCGCAUGCCGUCAGGCCUGCGUUCUCAGUCUGCGCGUUGAGCUCCGUGUUGUUGCGCUACGUGCUGCGUGUGGCGUGUCGGGGCAGCUGAGCUCCUGUCUGAUCUCAUUGCCGAGCGGGAGAAGUUCAUACACAUACGAUGUUCGAAGCUCCGUGCGGGCCUCUUGGAUCUGCGCUGUGUCGGGGCAGCUGAGCUCCUGUCUGAUCUCAUUGCCGAGCGGGAGAAGUUCAUGCACACACGAUGUUCGAAGCCCCGUGCGGGCCUCGUGGAUCUGCGCUG